AUGGCCACCGCUCACGAUUCCGAAAAACUCGACCCAGUCCGUGUCGCGUCGCCAGCUAGUGACUCCAACGUCCUCAAAGUUGGUAGUCUCGCAUUCGUUGGGGAACAAGGUGGCAAUGGGUCGGCGCCAACCUUCCAAGAAGCGACGGGUGCUCCCGUCGAGCAAGAGUCUCCGCUUGGCUACAAGGUUAAGUGGUUCACCAUCAUCUUUCUGAACAUCGGCCAAAUGAUUGGUACUGGUGUUUUCUCAACACUGUUGGCCCAGUAUGCAUUCAAGAUGUCACCAGACUACAGCCCCUCCGACUGGGAACAGAAGGGAGUUGCUAUUGCAAGCUACACUCUCGCUAUAGUUCUGCUCAUUGUUAGCAAUCGGCUUUCCCUCUGGCUCUCGGACAUCUUCGGGUUCAUCAAGGUCUCGACACUUAUUUUCAUAAGUAUCACCGGUCUCGUUGUUCUUGGAGGUAAUACAUCUGUGGCUGAUCCGAAUGCCAACUUCCGGGAUGCUUUCGCCGGAACCUCAAGCAAUGGGAAUGCCAUGGCAAACGCAUUGGUGAAGGUAACAUUCGCUUAUGAGGGAUACGCAAAUGCGUUCAACAUGAUGAACGAAGUCAAGGACCCCGUCCGCACGAUUAAGAAAAGCGCGCCAGUGGCGCUGCUGAUUGUUGCAGUCAUGUAUACUCUCUGCAACGUUGCUUACUUCGCUGCUGUACCCAGCGAGGAAAUGAAAGCCGCAGAGCAAACUGCAGCAACCCUCUUCUUCACAAAAGUUUUCGGUGAGAAUGCUGCUAAAGGCCUCAAUAUUCUCGUCAUCAUUAGCGCAUUUGGCAACUUGAUAUCGAACUUGAUCGGGCAGCAAGGCGUCCUGCCAUGGCCUAAAUUCUGGACCACGACACGCCCCUUCGGCACACCAAUCGGCCCCUACCUGCUGAAGUGGGGAAUGACGGUCCUCAUGAUCGUGGCGCCACCGGCUGGUGAUGCCUUCAACUUUGUCGUGGACCUCAAAACCUAUCCCGAUGCUGUCUUCUUUUUCCUCAUGGCGGCGGGUGUGUAUAUUAUCCGGCGCCACCGCUCUCGCAUUGGGGUCGGACGAUCCGAAUUCCGCGCUUGGGAUGCCGCGGUCAUAAUAUACCUGCUCGUCAACCUCUUUCUUCUUGUCAUGCCCUGGUACCCUCCCGAAGGUGGCGCGACCGGUGGUGAUGUCAGCUUCUGGUACGCAACGUAUUGUGUCGUGGGAAUCGGCAUCAUCCUCAUGUGCGUCGUGUACUAUUGGAUCUGGAUCUACGUGCUUCCGCGUUUCGGCGGAUAUGCAAUGCGGCAGAAGCUUGUUGUCUUGGAGGAUGGAGCGGUGAUGCACAAGAUAGUAAAGGUGCCAAAGGAUCAGCUGGCCGAAUGGGAUGCGAAUCACGAUGUCUCGGGGCGGUCAAUCACCGCAGAGAAUGGGGUGGUUUCUGCAAAGAGAGAGUAA